AUGGGAAUCUUCGCCAUAUUUGCUCUGGUAAUUGUAACAUCAACGUUUUCAAAAGAGCGUUAUUAUUCUGCAAAUGGAAAAAAUUGGGAACCGAGGAAUGAAGGAGACUGUUCAAGAUUUGUGUACGAGUAUAGUAUCUUAGAGAAAUUGAUUUUACUGGAAACAGAACAUGUUAAAUUGCGAGAAAGAAUCGAGAAUCUUGAGAAACAAAGGAAGAGUCCAUCAAAAGUGUCGGUACAUGUACGGCUAUCAAAAGCUACACCCUUGAGUGGAACGGAGAGAGUAAAGUAUGACAUGGAGAUAUCCAACAUUGGAGGAGCCUAUGAUUCGAAAAAUGGUCACUUCACCGCUCCUGUGCCAGGCAUUUAUCUCAUACAUGUUCAGUUAUGUCUAGGCUCGUCAGGACAAUGGAUGGAUUUAAAUAUUGUUAAAGAUGGUGCAGUAGUUGGUCGAGUGUUUUCUGGAGAUCAUUCCUACCACUCCUGUGGUUCGGAAGCAUUAAACAUACAUCUAAAGAAAGGUGACAAUAUCUGGAUUGUAAGGGAAACCGGCAAAUCUACCAGUCUCAAUCAGGAUCAUGGAUGGAACUCUUUCAAAGCUCUUUUAGUUCUCGAAGACUGA